AUGGAAAGUAUCGAACCCGGCCAGACCCCUUUCGCUGCUGUCACGGCCCAGACCUCCAAGCUCCAGAGGAAAUACCAGGCGCUGCUGGAUCAAUCGACCCCCUUCGUCCUAUACCGAUGGAUCAGCACGGCCGUAUUCCUGGGUGUCUUCUUCCUGCGCAUACUCCUCGCGCAAGGCUGGUACAUCGUGGCGUAUGCGCUCGGUAUCUACCUUCUCAACCUGUUUCUGGCAUUCCUGCAGCCCAAGUUCGACCCCUCGAGCGACCUGCUCGAUAAUGAGAUGGAGGACGGGACCGCCGGUGGCCUGCCCACGAAGCAGGACGAAGAGUUCCGCCCGUUUAUCCGACGGCUCCCCGAGUUCAAGUUCUGGCACGAGGCGACCCGCGCCAUCACCAUCGCGUUCCUUUGCAGCUGGUUUGAGGUCUUCAACGUCCCCGUCUUCUGGCCCGUGCUGGUCAUGUACUGGAUCAUCCUAUUUGUUCUUACUAUGCGCAAGCAAAUUCAACACAUGAUCAAAUAUCGAUACGUGCCCUUCUCGUUCGGCAAGGCACGCUACGGAAAGGCCAGCACCUCCUAAGCGCGAGCCCUCAAUGGGCCAUAUAGCCGGCCCGCCGUCAUAUCUCUCUACAGAACGGUGUUCUAGAGAGAGGGGGGGAGGGAAACGCCGGGACGCUCACCAGAUGGCUUCAGUACAUCAUAUGUUCACGAAGAGAAUCGAAGAGAAACGAGAAGAGACGAGUGUGGUAGACGGUGGCGUCGGUUUUUUUUUUAAAGGCUGUACAAAAUUAUGACAUGAGCACCUUGUACGAGGUAUACCGGGCUAAUUGGUGGUCUGUAAUGUUGUGUGUGUGGACUUGUCCGUACGUGGUAAUGUACACGGU